CUCAUUAUCAUUUGUUCACUAAUUAUUUUAUUCAUGCCGGAAGAUCUCGAAUCUGUUUGGGAUGUAAAGGAUGCGUUUGGAGGAACUGAAACCGUCAUCUAUGACUGAUGAGCACUUCAUGCAUGGCUGUGAUUGACACGCGGAAGGAGAUAGCGGCCUCGCCUCAGUCCCUUCUAUUUGUUCGGCUUGAUGCAUGAUGUGGCUCGCGAAGCACAGCUGUUCUAUUACUGACAGGUGCUGUGGGAAGUCUUGUCUGGCGGAGCCACGACUGAAGAAUAUCGACAAAUAUUGCAGACGUGACCGCGCCGCCGAUGGCGUUGAUGACGCAAGGGACUUGUUGUAGCGUCAGUGAGCAUUUCCUCUGUGACAGCGCGUGCUUCCCAGUCCUCACCAAGUGUUCGGUCUGGCUGCACGUCAUGCGCUCACGCACAGUGCACGCGCAGCAGUCAGUUUGUGCCAGUUGUGCCUUUGAGUCGCUGACCGAAGUAUGAUAUCGUGGAGUUGUGAACAUGAGACCCAGAUCCAGGCUUACCGGUGCUGUCGUCUUCGGUGUCGUCAGAUCCACGGCGAGUAAGAGCCUACUCAUGAGUCAAGCUUUUUACAUCCUAGUCUGGAGCCGCGAGGAAUGUUGCAAAGGCGCUACGGAUCCAGAAGGUUCUUUUGAGGCGGUGAUUUCAUGCCACGACGAUUUCCAGUGUUUGAUGUGAUACUGCUAUGAUAUCUGUACGGAUGUUUCAUCAACACGCAUUGAAAUUCAGCCGAUGUGUGUUCUGUGGAAACUUUAGUGAGAACUUCAAGACGGGAAAUAUAUUCUGUCAUUCCUCCAUUUUGUGGAUGUUCAAUUGAUCAGAUCCACGUGUAUGAAAAGAAAGUUAACAGUUUUGUAGGAGAGAGUAUAGCGGUUGAUGUACAGGCCUGCUGUGAUUUAAAGGUAUAAUUUGAAGCAACACAUCAGCAGCCGAGUCAUAGAAACAGUGCCUGCCUGUGUCGCAAAGGAAGCUGCUUCGCCCCGCGGGCCUGACUCAGCAGCCAACACGCAAGAUGACGUCUCGCGCCGAUCUUCACUGGGACUGCGACCUGCGGUGUGAUAUCGGAGACCUUGUGCUUAGGUCUAGGGAUGAUCUCCAGCUGGCAGCAGAGCUUGGCAAGGCUCUCCUGGAGAGGAAUCGAGAUUUGGAACUUCAGCUACAGCAACUACAGCAGCUUCACCAGGAGCAGAACAUGGAACUGCAGCAUGUCACCAAACAGCUGGAAACGCUACGCACUAUGACAGAGUCACGGAACCGUGUGUAUGAAGAGGUGGAUCGCAUCUCUCAGGACUUGGAGCGCCAGAACCAGAAGUUAACAAUGGAUGCCAGAGCUGAUAAGCAGAAGAUAGAGAGGCUGACUGCAUCUGUGGAGCAAUUAGAGCAGAAAGUGGAAGAUCUCUAUAAAAAGCUGGAGGAGUCCAAUAAAUCCAAAGAUAACAAUGCCAGCAUCAAGAUCCAGCAAGAGAAACGCCGCACAGCCAGUUUAGCGUCUCUCAAUGAAAGCCACUGUGAUAACAGGAGCAGUUUUUACAUUGGAAACCUGGCCUGGACACAGAGUUCCACAUUUAAAAAUCUUCCCCUUAACCCAUGGGAAGCAGAACUGCUUAAACUGCAAGAGGCAGUGCAGCAUUGCAAGACACAGUUGACCAUAGAGAGACGCAGACGGGAAGAUCUAGAGGUGGAGCUGGAUAUUACAGAGCAGGAAAAUAAGAGUUUGCAAACAAAGGUGACAAUAUUGGAAGACCGGCUGUCAGAAGCGAUGAUGUUGGAGUUUGAGCUAGAACAGGCCAGACAGAGUCCUGAAGGAAUAUGCCGCAAGUGUCGCAAGGUUUUGGAUAUUCAUGAAGAACUGCAUGCUCAAGAAAAGGAACUUCUUAGUGAAGUGGAGCAUGACAGCCCAGAACUGUUGUCCAAAGCCAAAGCAGUAAAGCUAGAGGGAGGAGGUAGCCUCUAUGGCAGUUCCGAGUCCAUCAAUAAGGUUACAGCCGAUGCCAAAGAAAUAGAUGACAACGAUGCAGGCAAGUCCAUUCUAGAUGAAUUAGAGACACAGUACAAGUCUUUAUUCCAGAAAUAUGAAGCUCUCAUUCAGAACAAGUCAAAGAGGCUCAGCAUGACCCAGACUGAUGAUGAAAAUCCAGAAGACAGAGCCAUGAGACGAAGACUGGCCCACAAGGAGGUUCAGACAUUGCUUCACAUGACUCUCAACCGAGAUUAUUUCCAGGAAAGCUGCCAGCCUCCUCCUUACAAAGCCCUUUUUAAGGACCUUUUUGCAACACUUCGCAAAUCUCGCAUAGAUGAGAAUCCUGAACAAGAUAGAGGGGCAAUAACCCCUGGUGGGACACCCAUUACGUCUCCUUCUAUGGAAUUUUUGAAAGCAGGAGAAAAUGGUAGAGCUGCCAUAUCUCCUGUCAGUCCAUGUAGUCCUUUACCAGGUGGAAAUGUGAGUGAUCAUGGUACAAAAGAGUGUGUUACAUCUGCUGGAAUAAGUGCAGCUAAAGGUCUGAUGCAAUUAGCGAAAGAAGAAGUCUUUGAAAGCUGAGUGCCGAGAUCCGUACAAGUAAUUAACAAUCAAAGAAGUGUAGAAUGUACUAAUGUAAUCUUGCAGGCAGAGUACAAAUCUGCAAAGUAGGCUGCUGCAGACUCUGUAAGAUGCAUUCUGUUUCAAAAAAGGUAAGCCAGACCAAUUAAUAUAAAGGAUAAAUCUCUCAAAAGAGUGUGUGUGUGUGUGUGCAUAUAUACAUAUAUUUCUGAAAGCAUAUGUAUCAUCUGGUAACUUACAUGGUAUUGUCAAUUGUGACCCUAGCUAAUACUCAGAAUGUAGUUGUUUCUCAUGCAGGGAGGGAGGAAGUACUUAACAAGAUUUUGUUUUAAUUUUUUUAUCUUUUAACUUUUAAGGAUAUAAUAUUUGAAAUGUUGAAUCUUGCUAAUAUUUGAACUGUUAAUUUCAUUUUUUGGUGCUAUGUCAGCAGUAGACACUGUAGGAUGCAAAUCAUACCUUUUUACUUAGUGGGUGUGUGUUCAAAAUUUAUCAUUAUAUCAGAAGCUUACCAAAUUUAGCAAUUAUUGUUUGAGGUUUAUGCAAAUCACAGACAUUAAAAUGAUGCCAUUUUUAACAUUAUUGUUUAUUAAGGAAAGAAGCUUGCAUCUCAGUUUUGUCUUUUAGACAGCAAAGCAUGAAGACAUACAACAAAUACAUGUAAUAAGUAGCACAACUUGAAAGAGGCAAAUUCUAUAUAGUGCAGAACUGGAAAAUAUUGAAAAGUUUGUGAGAUCCACUUGACUCCUGGUAAUAUAUAUGUGUGUAUAUAUAUAUAGGACGGGGUAUGAAUUAAAUGCUAAAGAAGAAGAAGAAAAAAUGAACACAAACUUAUGUUUAGAGUUAAGGUAACAUUUGUUUGAAUGAAAAUGUUUUCCCCUGAAAAGACCUAGAUUACAGUAGGCAGAUUGUCAUAGAUGUGGCUCAUGAAUGUUGCAACCCACAGGAUUUUAAAUCUUCAGGGCUUUUUACCGUGGUACUGUCAUGACAGUCUAUACGUGUAUUAGGGAAGUCUUGGAGUAAACUCUGAACAGUGAAUAUCAGUAUGCAUAGGCAUCUAUCUUACUCUCAUUUUUCUUUUAGGGAAUAAAUACUUUACAGCAAUGUAAAAAAUAUUUUGACCUUUCACAACCCUUUUAAAAAAAGCCUGUGAUUAUAUCAAAAUAUGUCAAAAUUUCAUUUUGGGAAGCAAGAUUACUAGCUUGCUUAAAAAAAAGAUAGAGGUAAGGAAUAAUUCGAAAUAGUACUUGUAGAAAUCACCACAUCCUACUUUCUUUCCCUCGUCACCAAAGAGGAAAAAGGAAAAACUGCAAUCACAAACUUGGCAUCCUUUACUUUUACCAAAAAGCAAGAAAAGUUUCCACUUUUACAAUCUUUUUUUUUCCAACUUGCUUUGCUUACUCACUGAGCAUGAAUAUAUAACUAAACUUUGUAGAAAUCUUACCCAGAUAGCAUUUAAACAUUUUAUAAACGUGUUAAAAAAGUUUACGCAAUAUGUUUUAAUAAUGUUUGCAAAUAUAUAUCACUGAACUUGAAUUGAAGACAACAAUAGAUGAUUAAUCCUGCAUUCCACAAAACAGUUCACAUUCACAACUUUCAGUUCACUUUUAUUAUGAUUAAAGCUUAUGAACAAUAGCUGAAGAUGUUCUCAAGUAAAAGGUUUUGUUUUUCAGAUCUUGACACACUGUGAUCUCGGAAAUUUAUAUUCCAUGAUUCUUUCUGAUUCUUUUUUUGGGUCACAAUCUUCAGGGAAUUUUUUUUUUAGGGUCUGCAUAUUUCAUUAUUUUUUUUUUCUUUUGGGGUAUCUAUAUUCUGUGAUGUCUUUUUUUGCAAAUCUUUGUAUUCCAUUAUCAGAUAUAAAUGAACAAAAUUAGCUGUGCUGGCUUAUGAGGACAUUUUCUUUUAGCCUUCGAUCCCUGAAGUUUCUUGUCCCUUAAGAAAUAGGAUCUAUUGCUUGACCCCAUUUAAUGUUUUUGACAGUUUGUUCAUCUUUUCACGGGUUUUGAGCAAAAUUCUUAAAGAAUUUUUAUACUUUCCUGCUUAUUUUGUCUUUUUUUUGGUCAGCAAUGCCAGAAGUUUUAUUUUUAUUUUAGUGAUGUAUGUUUUGAAGGGUUUGAUUUUCUAUGUGUUUUUAUACAAUGUGAUGUUUAGCAUUUUGGAUGUUUAAGAACCAACUUUCAUUUUUCUUAUCAUCAGCAAAUAUUCACACAUUUCUUUAUAAAUACUUAACAAACUAUUUAAGGCUACAAUGGUCAUUGAUCCUGUCACCUUUUAUUCAUGUGUUGUUCUUGCUGAAUUACAUCUUAGAUGUUUGCACUAUUCUUUGAAGUACAAUAAUGUAUAUGAAGUAAAAUGGGAGACUGAUUUGACAGUUCUAUUUACUUUUUUUAAACAUGCUUUGUUGUUUUUCUUCUCUAGCCUUAUCAUUUUGUCUUCAGUUUGACCAGAAUGUUGAAGCAAUUUUCUCACAGUAUGUUCCAAAUGUAAAAGUAUCUUGCCUAAGAUUCAUUUUGUGUCAAAGGAUAAGUUUUUUGCUGAUUGAGGCACUCCUAUUUCUUUCAAAGGUUUGGGAAAGUGGAGUAGACAUUUAAGAUAAAGUGGUUUGUCUUUCAUGUGGAGGAUGUGUCGCUGUUUUGUCGCUGAAAAUGAUUACUGUUUAUACUUAAAUUAUCUAAAACAUGAUGCUAAAAUUGUGCAUUCUUGUACUGUGUGAUUGCAUGAUUAAAUAUGUAUUGAAAAACUAUUUGUUCAUUUCAAGAUGACAAAGGAAGAGGGAUUUUUGGGGUUUGUUUUCUUUUAGUAUGGAAGCAUCUGUUUAUUUUUAUGAAAGAUGAGUGCCUGCUAUUUAUCUUGUAUAUAGGAAUCUGUACAAUUCUCAGUUCUGUAUGUUAUCAGUCCAGGUAUUUGAAAAUCUUAAUUGUUGUAGCCAUUGUCACUAACAGCUUUAAGACAUAAAAGACUUUGGAAAGCAACUUUCCCAAGCUCCCAUUGUUCUGGCAAAGUUGCUUCUUCCAAUUCUCAAGCCCUUUAACCUCUACAAAAAUAAGGCCAUAACAAUAUAUUUAGGUACACUUGCUAGCCUUUAUAAAUGCCAUAGAAUGUUAUGCUUAGAUACCAGAUGCUGGUUUACUAUUAACAGUUGCUAAAGGGCUUUAUCUCUGAGUCUUUGUUAUUUAUUAGCGAUGACUGUGACCUGGAGUUAAUUUCAUAGAUACCCAUUCAACAUCUGAAUUUGAAGCAGGGAAGAUAGCCCUGCACAACCCCAAUCUGCCUCGUGGGGCUUGUCUUCAGAUUUUGAUGCUGUUUAUUAUUACUGGUGCUUAUGUAUUUAUUACUAGUCUGUGAUGUUUGUCUUUCAUUUUGCGCAAGCAGAAUUGUGUUGGCUAUUCUUUGGUCUUAUAAUUUUUCUUAGUCUUAUGUUAUCAUUGAGUGUUUAAUGUAUCUGAUAAAUAGCAAAAUGCUUAAGUAAGCUUCAUUACAAAAUAAGACAGAUCUGUUUAUGUUGUUGUGCUGAUCUUCAUGCAACACAGAAAAUGAGGCAGAUGAACAUUGUACUUAUGAGUAUUUUGCUAAUCCAUUAAUCUUGUAAUUAAAUUCAACAUGACUUGUAAUAUUUUGAUAUUUUUGUUACACACCAAAAAAAA